AUGACUUACCUGCUUAGAGAAGAGAAGGAAAACGCCUUACUCAAAUACAGGGGAGUAAAGAUCCAGGCCAGGAAACCAGUUUAUGACACCAAGCCCUAUAUUAAUAAUGAACUUCUAGAAGUUGUUCCAAGUUCAAAUCCCUAUUCACAGACUGACAUAGAAGAAGCGUAUCUGCUUAUGAAAAAUGACUGGAAAGAAGAUGCCACUGAAAUCAAUUUUUUACUGCCUGACUCUUUCGUAGCACUUAAACCACAAGCUGAAGAUUUAUAUAUUGCCGAUGAACUUGUUUUUGUUGAUAAUUUGGAAAAGUAUUGUAAACAACUUCCGACUCUACGUGUACUUUUGAGCAGACUAAAAAUUUUCUUAGUCAAGGAUCCUCUUUUAAAUCCUAAAGAAGAGAACUUCACAGAAGAAGACAUUUUCAAGGAAAGUUUUAUGUUUCAAAGUGACAUGGAAACUCAUGAGAUUGAAAAGGAACUGCACACAGUUGAAGAGCAUUUUUGUCAAGUAUCUUUAAAGGAUGCAGAGUCACUAAUGCUACCAGUUAUGUUAGAAUCCAACAAAUCAAACAACUUUAGAGAGAAAGCUGAGAUUCCAUCAUGCUUAGAACUGAAAAAUGUAUUAAACUUAACUCCAGAAGAUAUAGUGAAUGAGAGCACUGGAAGAGUUAGUUACACUUUAUGUCCUCAAAAUGAACUGGAAAUAACUCUAACUCCUCCAUGCAAAUCACAAAGAUCACAACUGAAUUCACUGUGUGCUGGACUUCAGGCAGAACCUAUUUCUCCUGUUAGUAACAGUAUUUUGAUUACAGAGUCAAAUAAAGAAUACUUAGAGUGCUUGGUGUGGCAGUCAGAGAAAUAUCAAAAUGCCAUGAAUUCUCUUUUGCUUGAAGAGCAUCCAGCUCCUGAACAUACAUGCCAACAUUGUUCAGUUACAGAACUGAAGAAGUUACUAUCUGUCAAAGUAGAAACACCAGUGUUAAGCCCAUUGAAAGCAGGCUGGUGGCUUUACUCGGGAUUAAAUCUGGUAUCACCAGAUGUUUUAGAGCAAUUAGUAAAUAUAGAUUUGACUAGUGCAAAUAGCCUGCUUCCUACUCAGGUGGAAACAUUCUCACAAAUUACAUCAACUCAGUUAGAAAGAUUGCUUGAAGAAAAUAAUUCCAUUAGUAACCAAGGAUUGUUUUCUGCUGGUGCACAUCACAAGGACAAAACAACAAAUCUACAUUUCACACCUCAAAAGAAAAACCAGUGCUCUCCAUUACAUAUGAAGGCAGCACAGUGUGGUGUCAUACAUGAUGCAAGUACACCUGCUGAAAAGCUAACAAGAGAAGAGAUAGAGCAAAAUAAGACAGAAAGACCAACACAUUUCCUAAACCAAGAGAAAGAAGACAAGAAUAACCUUGAAUCCCUCAGCUGUAAGGAAGUAUCUUUUGAACCAAACAGCUCUUCAAGAAAUGAAAGGAAUAUACCAGCUGAACUGACCAGAAAAUGUGAUGAUGGUUCUGACCUUUUGAGCAACUUCAUUAUGCUGAGAUCUAAGCAUGUACUUAUCGAAAAUGAAGAAAAGAAUAAUGUGGCUGGUCAAAAACAGGUUCUCAAAAAUGAAGAAGAGCGUUCACAAAUUCUUAAACAAGACAUUCCGGCUGCUUGUAAGGCUGUGCUGAAAAAGAAACCAGAACAGGAGGCUCAAGACAGAGUUUCAAUCCAAGUUCAAGCCUCAGAGGGCCAGUGCCAGGCAUACCACAUCUUAGCAGCUGCCGCCACCCCUGUUCUAAAAGAGUUGAUGGAUCUUGGCAUGCUUGCCUCAAAGAGUUGGAGGUUUGCUGCCAUUAAAUUUGACCACACUCGAUUCUUCUUAAGACAGCAGGAGAAAGUGAUCUGUGAUGAUUUUAAACAAGGUAGGAUUGAUAAGGAACUAAAGCUGUUCAAACAUGCUGCCCAAGUACACCUACUGGUAACAGUUAGAGAUCUCCUGUUAAUGUGUGAAUUGGACAGAGCAUUAGGGUAUUUGUCCAAGGCAAAGGAUAUCUAUAAAAGCAUCUUUGGUUCUUGUUUGGAUAAUAUUUGGAGACAGCUGGACAUCAUACAGUUUAGCAGGCAGAAAAAGCAUGAAACCAACCCCAAAUUAAUAGCACUUCACCAUCAUAUGUUAAACUGGAUGCAGAGUAAUACAGAGGAACAGGAGCAUAAGGUUUUAAUAAUAACAAGAAUGGACUCAGAUAGUGAAAAGGCUGCCCUCAUUGACAUGCUUACUUCAAUAGAAGGUAAAUGCUGCAUGUGCGUGUUCUUACGUAUAACAGUCAAGACAUCAAAACUGUUCCCCAGUCUAAUCUUUCUUAUAUCUUUGAGUACAUCUCAUCCCACUUGCCUCCUUUCAUACAUGUAUAUCAUUCUUCCUACUAUUCUCUUUUCCACUCCUGUUUCUGUGCCUCCUUUGACAUUGCUUGUCCUCAGAACAGCCUACCAGGGGCUUCUUUCAGUAAUACUCUUUAAAACCCAUUUUUCACAUAAAAUGUUUCUUGGUUUAAAAACCGUGGAUUUGAAUCCUGAGAAGAGAGGAGCUUUGUUAGAGUGCAAAAGUGUCAUUACCAGUUUAAAUAAAUGCUCCUGUGCUAUUGUAAAUUAUCAGUAUAUCGGAGCUGACUUCCCUUGGACGCAUUUCUCUCUAGUGGUGGAGUUUGAUUAUACAGAGAACUCUUGCUGGAAUAAGCUCUGCAAAAAUCUGAACAUUCCUUAUAUAACUUUUAAAACUACUCUCCCAGAAACUGUUGUAAUGAAAAAUGUUUCAGGUAAUCACUUUGGCUCCUUCCUUCUGGAUACUCAGAUUCCCUAUGUAUUUUUUACAUCUGAGGGACUUCUUAACUCACCAGAAAUCCUUCAGCUUCUGGAAUCCAAGCAUAACAUCACUUUUGUUGAAAGAUGUUGCAGUGAGUCAUUACAGCUCUUUGGAGACACAGAUCAAUAUGUUGUGUUGACAAUAGAUGAACACACUGCUAUAGUUUUGCAGAAUGUGGAAGAACUAAGCUGUGAGAAAUCUGCCGACAAUAUCAUACUGAGACUGAUAGCACUGUCUCUCCAGUACAGCUGUUGCUGGAUCAUAUUAUACUCCAGAGAGAGACUGAGUUCAGAGUACAGUCUAACAGGAAAGACUCUGCAUCAUCUAGCCUUAAUAUAUGCAGGUUUGAUUUCAUUUGCACAGAAAUCUGAAGACUUUGAAGUGAAGAUGGCUCUUGCACCAGGGAUUGAAGAGACAGCACUGUUAAUUCGUCAGAUUGCUAACAACAUUCUGGUAUCUUCCCAGACAAAUCCCCAUGAGUGGCUGGACAAAUCAUGGCUUUCUGUCUUGCCAACUGAGGCAGAGAAGCAGUUACUUGCUUUUCCAUGCCUGAACCCUCUAGUAGCUCAGCUCAUGUUGAAAAGAGGGUAUUCAUUGAACAGGCUUUUGUCAGCAACUUUUGACCAACUUCAGGAACUCCUGCCUGAGGUUCCAGAAAAGGUGUUAAAGCUUUUUAGUGAUAUCACAUCUCUAUACAACCUAAAUUCUUCCACUCCGACCAAAACACUAGUGAGGAUUGUAUCUCCCCAAGAAAACUGGAACGUGUCUAACACCUUUUCUCCGGCUUCAUUUCCCAAGUCUUUGACCUCCAGCAUUCAAGGAAACCAGAAGGAUCAGUGUUCAGAAUUGCCUGAUAAUGUACAGAACACCAUAAAUCAGUCUUGGGAUUUUUACAAAAAUGGAUCUGGUUCUCCACUGAAAUCAAGUGAAAGCCAAACAAUUUUAGCAUCUUCACUACCUUAUUAUGGAUGGGUCAGUUGUCCUGAAGAAACGGAUGGUAGUGAAAAUAGUCACCAUUAUCUUCCUUCUCUGAGAAAUGUAGCAACAGAGAGAGCAGUUAGUCCCUCAUUUUUAAAACAGAACAAUUCAAAUAUAUUUACUACUUCAGUUCAUGUGAAUUAUGAAGCCAGAAUCCCACCACUGAGUCACAGCCAAGAUGUCACUGACUCCAACCUUUCAAGUUACCUGCAAAAAGAGUUUCAUGCUUCAAAUGCAGCAGUAGGCAGCAAGCUGGAUACCUCUGAUUCCUCGGUCCUUCCAAAGAACUCUGAGGCCUUUGCUCAUCAGGAUAUUAACAAUCAUUUAUUUCAUGUACAGACACAACCACUGAUAAUGCAUUGUAACUCUGAUCAGGCUUCCAAGCAGGAAUGGUAUCUUGUCUCUAAAAAAGAUGAUUUUUUUGCAAGCUUUAAUGAGUUUUCAUUCCAGGGAAGUUCCAAGAAUUUUCUAGAAAAAUUUGCAGGGAUGGCAGACAGCAGUGCAGGAGUUCAGGAUAAGGGGUCUCUCUGGCCUAAGUAUCCAUCUGAUCACACAUUGGAUUCAUCUGCACCUGACUUCAGUCUCUGUGAUUCAUUUGCUAAUCCAAAUGAACAAAGAAAUCUAAAUUUUUACCCAAAAGCUAGAGAAUCUUCAAGAAAGAGGCGGCCUGGUGAAUCUUUAUUAAACCUUAAGGAAAAAGAUGUUUUAACAGGUUUAGGACUUGUACAGGUACCACAGCUUAAGAAAAAGCGACUUACAUUUGAAAAGGUCCCUGGAAGAAGUGAUGGACAAACACGUCUUAAAUUCUUUUGACGCAAACUGAGAAUUAGAUAUGACAGAUGUUUUUUAAAAAGCAUGGAAUAUUUUAAGAGAGCCAUAUUAAAUAAUUUAAUAAUCACUUUUGCCCCAGUUUUCUGGUAAUUUUCAUAUGCUGAGAAGUUAUUUGGUUAAGGAUUUGCAUUAUUAAUUAAUGUUAUUUUUUAAAUAUUUUACCAAACAAGUUAGUUGAUUAAACCUGGACAACUACUAGGAAGAAAUGUCUGUUCUUAGUGAUAAAUAAAAGAUAAUUUUA